AUGAGUCGUCAACACCAUCGGUACUCGACUCUGUACUAUGUCUCGGCAGUACUAUCACUCGUCAAGACUAUCGGUCUCAACUCCAUGACGCCGAUACUAUGGGUCGUCAAAGAUACCAGCUGUCAACAAAGGGAGAAGGAGGAAGAGGAGAGAAAAACAAUUUCAGGAACAGCACACCGUGCUCCCUCUCAGCACCGGCACUUCCAGCAUGAGAUUCAGCAAGCCGAGUCGCUCUUCGAGGAGACCUACGGACACACUCAUGACGUAGAGAACGUCUCGUUGGACAUAACAAAACAGCUACCGGACAUCGAGCUUCUCUCCUCGACAUUUCGGAAGAGGCUACUCGCCCUUGAAGGCCUCGAUGCUGAGCUCACAGAGUCAGGUGCUGCUACCGCCGGACUUCUGGUGCACAUGCCCUCGGGAGGAGUCUUUCGGAGGUCUUCUACGGGUGCCAGAGUGUAUGUCUCCCACGACAGACCCGAGCCUUCUGGAGGCGUCAGCAAAGACCCUCUGCUGGAUACAAUCAGGCUCAUGAAGGACUUCGCGACUGGGGACGAGACCAUCAAAGGACUGACUGUGCCCAGCUGGCUCAGAGUCCAAGGCUUUCCUGCACAAUUAGACGCACAGAUUGACGCAAGCACGGUUGAGCAGUCGCCGGUGCUCACACGCCUGGUAGAGGACCUUCGCCUUCGCCCCGCUGAGACGCACACCGCGAAGUACUGGCUCGACCAACGUGCUUGUAGCCUGGCCGGACAGCUUGCAGCGCGUAGUCGCGCCUCUUCUUCCAGCUCCCUGCCGAAGAAGCUUAUCUAUCUUGGCGUAGGCAUCGAUGACGAUCGAGUCAAGAUGCUCUACGUCGGAAAGACAAUUCGAGGCUAUACUCGAAUCGCUGAGCAUGCGCAAGGAUAUCACGCCGACAUCAGCGCAGCCCGUGAGGGCAUUCAGUUCAUCAGGAGCCUCCUAUCCGACAGGACCCAGACUCUCGCACUAUCCGGCAAGCUGGAGUACCGUUGGCGGCUAGGAAAAGACGCUCGCGUCAAGUGCCUAGAAUACGAGCUCAAGACUGAGGACAAGACGCAGCUCCAGGGUAUGAUGCUGGAGGGGGAGGACGAAAUCUUGGUCCGCGUUCGAGUACGACUCGGAGCUUCUUUGCCCCAGAGCGAUCUCUUCCUAGGCUGCACUGAGGAGGACAGGUCCCUCUACCAAGGGAUCGUGCUGGAGAUUGGUGCCGCCGGAGCCGACAAGUUUCCUCACAAAGUGCAGAUCUUCCACGUCCCUUCUCUCCAAGCGCUCAGGCUCUGGCGGACCAAGUCUUUGAAGCUGCAAGCUGGUGUUGCGCCCCUCAACCAGUUCAUCUGCCUAGUGCUCGACGAGGACAGUCGCCUCUUCAGCUGGCUGGCAGAUCCUCGAGACAGGGUAGCUGUGGCGGAGAUUUUCACUACCCUCGGCUUUGGCCUUCGUGCGUGGACAGAUCACAACUAUCCACAAACGUUCGCCAGGCUGGUCACCGGCGGUACGGAGUUGUACGACUUCAGCCACGGCACUGCCUCGAGGCUCCCUCACCUGGCCCAAGAGGAAGCAUUCGAGCUGCGACUGCUAGCCUUCGACAACAGCUGGAUGAGGUGCCCGCGCCGCAUCACUCCCAUGGCCUAUCAGACGCCCGAGGCGCAGCUAAGGAACGGUGCUUCUUUCACUGCCUUCCUCAACGCUGGUUCCGAGAUGCUUGGGCUCCCUCUCCGCAACUUCAACUACCUCCCUCCUGGCUUCGAAGCCUCCGGCGACUUCAGCUACAAGGUCUCUGGCAAGACCGAGCACGGCACCUGGCGGUACAACCGGUGCGGCGGUCUGUAUCUGAUUGGUGGGGUGGCCUACCUCGACUCCUGCUAG